ACCAACACACCACAACACACCACCGCUGUCGCUGGCACGCUAACACACACACAUACACACACUCACACACACACACUCACACACACACAUACACACACACACUGAGCGGCAUCCUAAACACAGACCGAGACGCCCUUGGACUGCUGCAGGCGAGGAUGAGGGUGCUGUCGUGGGAACAGUGUGGGGAGACGGGCGUGGUCCUGCUGGGCUUCCUGACGCUGGCGGUGUCUGUGGGGAACCUUUCCACCAGGGGGCUGCAGGAGGACGGCGUGGCGUCCAACAGUCUGGAGGACGAGCUGGAGGUGACCACCUACUGGUGGGGGGAGUGGGCCAAGUGGACGGCGUGCACUCGUGCCUGUGGAGGGGGAGUGAUGUCACAGGAGAGACACUGCCUCAAACAGAGAAAGAAAGUUGCUGCUGGGAAGGACAACAUGACCUGCACAGGAACUGCAAAGAAAUACCAUCUCUGCAACACUGAAGAAUGUCCUGCCACUGGGAGGAGCUUCAGAGAGGAGCAGUGCUGGUCCUUCAACUCCCAGCUUUACAAUGGGAGGAACUACCAGUGGAAGCCUCUGUAUCCUGACGACUACGUUCACAUCUCCAGUAACCCGUGCGACCUCCACUGCACCACGACCGACGGCCAGAGGCAGCUGAUGGUAACAGCACGAGACGGCACGUCCUGCAAGUACAGCAGUUACCGCGGCGUCUGCGUGGACGGUAAGUGUGAGCCAAUCGGAUGUGACGGAGUACUGUUUUCCCCCAAUAUCUUGGAUAAGUGCGGGGUCUGCCAGGGGGAUGGCAGCAGCUGCAGCAGAGUCACCGGAAACUUCCGCCGCGGGGCCACGACUCUGGGUUACUCUUUUAUUACUCAAAUCCCUGAAGGAUCAUGGGACAUCCAGAUUAUUGAGAGGAAGAAGUCAGCUGAUGUUCUAGCUGUGACCGAUCAGGCAGGCAACUUCUUCUUUAAUGGGGCCUACAAGGUGGACAGUCCCCAGAACUUCCAUGCUGCAGGCGCCGUCUUCAAGUACCGCCGGCCCAUGGAUGUGUACGAGACCGGGAUUGAGUACAUUGUCGCCAAAGGCCCCAUCGACCAGGCCAUCAAUAUUCUGGUGUGGAACCAGAACGGUCGCACACCGUACAUCACUUAUGAAUACACCGUCCUCCGAGACUCCCUGCCACCCGUUCCACCUCCUCCUGUCUACACCGGGUCAGACACCUCCGCUGGAGAGGUCUCUGUGGAGGUGGGGGGUCUGCUGACCCCUAACAGUAGUCUUUAUGACGAGUUGGUCCCUGACAGCCAGAUGGAGCCAGAAGGUGUAGAUGGGCAGAAGGGCCAAGAGACUAACGAGGUGUACGAGGAGACGGCGGCCAUUGACUGCGACCAGGAUGGGGCAGCUGGCCCACAAUUUGCAGAAGGAAACAGCAGUCAUACAGGCAGCACUGCCAAACCUGCCCCUGCUGGAGGGCCCCUGGACAUGGGGCCAGACUCCCCAAACCUCAUCUGGAGGGUCCUGCUGGACGGCCGCAUUAACCCCGACGAGCUGCUCAUCAACAUCUCAACCAAUCAGCUGCUGACAGAGGGAGACAGUUUGUUCUCGUCAGAGUUGGGACCAGUGGACAUGGACCUGAGCAGCAUGGAGCCAGACGGGCCGUUUGGUGUCAACGAGACGCUGGAGUUUACUCUGGGUCGCAAACGCAACGACAGCGGGGACGGUUCCUACCAGAACAAAACAGUGCAGGGUGGAGGGAGGAGCUCGAGCCGCUCCAACAGAACCAGGGGGAAUCAAAGGAUCUACCAGAAGAACCUGAAGCUGAGCGCUGCUGACAUGUACCGCUGGAAACUUUCCUCUCAGGAGCCCUGCAGCAUGACCUGCUCUAUAGGAGUAUCAAAGUCCUUCGUCACAUGUAUUCGUUAUGACGGCGUCGAGGUGCACGAUAUGUACUGUGAUGCUCUGACCAGACCGGAGCCGGUCCACGACUUCUGUAUUGGGAGAGAAUGUCAACCCAGAUGGGAGGCGAGCAGCUGGAGCGAGUGCUCCAGGACCUGUGGGGAGGGUUUUCAGUUUCGUCAAGUUCGCUGUUGGAAGAUGCUCUCGCCGGGCCUGGACAGCUCAGUGUACAGCGACCUCUGUACCAUGGCCGACCUGGAGAGACCCGUGGAGAGACGGCCCUGCAAGAGCCCCGCCUGCGGCCCUCAGUGGGAGGUGGCUGAGUGGACUGAGUGUCCUGCGAAAUGUGGCCGCAAAGCCCAGGUGACCCGCGAUGUCCGCUGCUCUGACGAGACCCAACCAUGUGACCCGAUGACCAAACCAUCAAAUGUCAAAAACUGCACCGGUCCACCUUGUGAACGCCACUGGACUGUGUCCGAGUGGGGGCCUUGCUCAGGGUCGUGCGGCCAGGGGAAGACGGUGCGUCAUGUGUACUGUAAGGCUCCGGAGGGUCGCGUGGUUCCUGAGAACCAGUGCUCUGCGGAGGAAAAGCCGCUGGCCAUCCACCCCUGUGGGGAGAGAGACUGUGCUCCAUACUGGCUGAGCCAAGACUGGGAGAGGUGUAACACAACCUGUGGUCGAGGUGUGAAGCACAGGCUCGUCCUCUGCGUUGGCAUCAGUGGAGGAAAGUUCCAGGUCUUUGAUGAGGAGGCGUGUGGAGGCAGCGAGAAGCCCGAAGAGGAAAACACCUGCUUUGAGAGACCAUGCUUCAAAUGGUACACCACGCCCUGGUCUGAGUGCACAAAGACGUGUGGUGUGGGUGUGAGGAUGAGGGAUGUCAAGUGUUACCAGGGCAGGGAGCUGGUCCGAGGCUGCGACCCCCUCACCAAACCUGUGGCCAAACAGACCUGCACCCUGCAGCCCUGCCCCACGGAGCCGCCAGAUGAGAGCUGCCAGGAUCGUCCCUCCACCAACUGCCUGCUGGCGCUGAAGGUCAACCUGUGCAGCCACUGGUACUACAGCAAGGCCUGCUGCCACUCCUGCCGCGCCCUCCGACCUCCAACCUCCUAGUCCAGGAAACCGCCGCCUCUCUCCACCCUGACUCCAACUCCAGCAUGAGGAAAGAAAUGGGUACGUUUAAGUCCACGUGGUCCAACAGUUACUGUGAACAGUGAGAGGAAAGUCCAGAGCGACCCACAAUAACUUUGAUUCACAUGUGUUUGUUUAUCAAGUUGGAUAAUUUAAAGGAAAUCUUGAACAUUUUGCCAGUCCUGUUGAUGCUGCAUCAACUGCGAUGUUCACACAUAAAACAAAAUCCCUCUUGUCAUUCUCUAAUUGUUCUUCAUCGUAUUUUUUCUUCCAAACACAGAAUGCAAUGUGUUUCUGGUUUAUUUGGAAUAAACAGAGAAAGAAUUGGGCAAAAAGCAAUUUUUAUUUUGGGGGGGAUCCUCUCUACUACUCAAGUUACUUCUUGUGUGGAGAGGGUUUGUGAAUACAACUGACGACCAGCACCGUGUUUAGGGGCCUUUGGUAAAACGUGAAAUAAAGAGCAGCCGAUCACUUCUUACCGAAACAUGCUGUACAUUUAGUUAAAUCUGAGGUACGCAGUUUCCUGGAAAUGGCAAAAAAAUCAGAAGAAUUUGAAAAUACACCCUCCCACCAGACAACAACCUUGUGUUUCCCCUACAUGGAUUUAUUUAAUCUUAUUUCAUUGUAGAGUUGCACAGAUUCACUCAGCACCUCCUUGCCCAAGCCACAAAUGAGACAAGAAUUAGCUGCUAGCCACCUGGUAGUCCCUCCGCCUCCCUCCCCGCCACUGUGGACUGCUUCCCUGGGAGGAAAGCAGACAGCAGCUCCAGAGACUGACCUUCAGUCAGCCGCUGUAGCAGCUUGAAUUCAGCAGUUACAACAGCUGGUGGUCGACAGCAGCACCGGCUCUAAGCUGUGUAACGGCAGAACAGACAGUUUGCUGAUCCACAGGAGAGUCGGGGCUGUCGGGUUUCGCUGCUGCCUGCUCUCCUCCCGGCGAGGUGGUCCGUAGUGGCGGGGAGUGAGGCGGAGAACACACUGAGCUAAUGUUAGCUACAUAAAUGUGAACUUGAAGCCGCAGUCAUGAGUCUUUAGCUACAGUUAGUAGAAGGCUAGAAUAUUAGCAACAUUUUGUCUCCAUCUCUGAAACACUUCGCUGAUAUGGACACACUCUUUUAGACUCUUUGAUCUGAUUAGUCCGUCUUCCUUUUUUGGGUUGCUUUGCAAUGUUGCCAGUGUUGGAAUAGCAACUUUCUCUGGAUUCUCCGCCACUGAAACAGACUUUCACUGAAGAGAUGUGCAUCUGCAUUUGUAGAACAGCAAAUAGGAAUGCCGUCUCUCUGAAAUGACCUGUGAUCGACCAGAGACGCUCGUCACUGGCUAGAUUUUUUAAAACCUGACAACAGAGCCAAGAGGAGGUGCAGAAGUUCAGUUUUCUCUUGAAUUACAAUAUGCUCAAAGUUUAUUUGGGGAUUUUUGCCCAGACAGCAAAAUAAAACUGCCUAACCCAGCUUUACGAAAAGGACUUUUUUGUUUUCUUGUCCCAAAAAAUAUUUUCAUGAUCAUUUCCAAUAUUAUCCCAAGACCUCGUGCAACCAUAAAGCCAGUUCUUAUCAGCUGUUGUUGAUUAAUUAUCAGUUCUGGUAGAAAAUCUUCCUCUAACAACACGUGGAGUCGGAGUAAAAGUGGAGUCAACACUCAGACGGUGUGACAGGCCUCCACCAUCAGUUAGCAGCUCGCUCUUGUUGUGUUCAUCGCUGCAAUGAAAAGAUCUAUUAAAUUAUUUCUCAACUGAAUAUACUGCAUGACUAGAAUAUUUAAUACAGAUACUGUUUAUGGAAUAUUAUUUAAUUGUGUUUCAGUUUGGUGUCCGGCAUGUAAAAAGUUUGUAAUUCCAUUCCACCCCCUGCCCGCUUGGCGCAGUGCCGGUACGCCUGCAGGAUAUGGAAGCAUAUUUAUUAGUCAUAGCACAUUUUCAUUUAUCGUGACGCUCCUGAUGCCAGCCGGCGGUUAUUCAUCGGGUUAACUGAUGCCAGUUCUGGUCUGUGUGUGACAGAGGAGAGUUAAUACAAACACAGAGGAUUCCUGACACUUGAAGUAUGGCUGAAAUGUAUUCAUGUAUGUCUCAUUUUUAACUAUUGCGUACUGUGUUUUUAUAUAACUGAUACCUCUUUGUACAAAACGUAA